AUGGUUGAAGCGUUACUGUCUGGAAUUGUACUGGGGUUAAUUCCAAUAACUUUAGCUGGAUUAUUUGUAACUGCGUAUUUACAAUAUCGACGUGGUGAUCAAUUAGAUCUUUAA